AAGGGAGUAAAGAUAAUUUCCAGAUCACAACCGAUAAAUUGGAAACAUCGACUGAUGUGACCACGGUUGAAUCUUGUCCGGUUGAUGAACCAUUGUCAGCGUCACCAAACUCAGCCUCCCUUGAACGAGAAGAAAAUUUUCUUCGUCAAUUAGGCUGGCAAAAACCGUAUGACAAGGAUGUAGACAGUAACAAAUGGGCUAUUACCGAAGAGGAGAAGCGUCUGUUUAUCAAUUUGGUCCGUGCACUGAACGGUGUUUCUAUUACCGGAACAAAUGAUGUUUUGUCUAAUGGUGAGAUUGAUAGGGCCAAAAGAAAGUGGGCAGCUAUUAAAA